AAUAAAACUAUUUAAAUGCCAGAUAAUUACUGAACAAAUCAGUUAGGAUUCAUGUCCUGAAUUAUGUUCUCCAUCCAGAGGAAACCCAAGAUCUCAGCCUCGAGGAAGCUGAUGCUCAAGAGUCUCAUGGUUGCAAAGGCCAAGGAGGAAUUGGAACAGGAGAUCCUGGUUAAAGAGGAGGAGAAAAAUAAGUAUCUGUCAGAGAGAGCUCCUCCGCUACACAUCAGCGGCCACAGUCUUGCACAGCUACAGGACCUUUGCAAAGAGCUCCAUACUAAGAUAGAUGUGGUUGAUGAGGAGCGAUAUGACAUCGAAGCUAAAGUCAUGCUCAACACACGUGAGAUUAAAGACCUGAACAUAAAGGUGUUGGACCUCAGGGGGAAAUUCAAGAGGCCUAGUCUUCGGCGCGUUCGUGUGUCUGCUGACGCCAUUCUUCGCUCGCUGCUGGGCUCAAAGCACAAAGUCUCCAUGGACCUCCGGGCCAACCUCAAGUCUGUCAAGAAAGAGGACACUGAGAAGAAGAGGCCAGUAGAGGACAGUGACUGGAGGAAGAAUGUGGAGGCCAUGUCAGGGAUGGAGGGAAGGAAGAAGAUGUUCGAUGCCGCUAAGGGUCCUGCCCAGUAGACCCAGAAGGUGUCAUGUGACAUCACUUCUCCAUCAUCUAAAUCCGUUUUAUUUUCCAUAUGGUCUAUUUCAGAUUCUAAAAAAAACAUUCUAAUAUUAUCAUUGUGGCUCCUGCCAUGGAGGUUUUCUCUUAUUUCAGUUCGAACUGAUCAG